UCAAGCUACUGUUACUAUUCACUCCUAGACCGUUUUAUAACAUGUAGUACUAUUAAUAAUUGUUUUUCAAUGUCUUGUGUAAUAUUUUUAUUUAGAUAGGUGAUGAGUGCAUUGGAAGCAUGGACAGUCUAGCCUAGACCGUAUUGACUAGACUGAUUGAGUCCAGUCUUGUCCUCAGUAACUUUCAGUCGAUCAUGACACUAUCUGUGGCCUCCACAAUGCGGUGCACUGGCGCAGUUAACUAUUGGAGAAUGUCGGUAGGUCCAGAAUGUCUUUCCUUAUCAGGAUUGGACUUCCUCCCCGCCGCUCAAACUAUCCAGUCCUCCGGUGUUUCAUACACGCUUCCUGGAGGAUAACCACAGGCGUCCUACGGAACAAGCAAGCCGGGGAGGUAGAAUGAGGUAUACUUAUCUAUGUGAAGGAACAUGAACAUGGAGCCUUGAACUCAAGGAAUGACAACCCCCUCCCCCCCGGCACAAUCUAGUAAAAUUUGAGUUUUUUCUGUUUGGUUUUCCAUCUCGCUUUGAUGGAAAUUAACAAUGAUUACGUGGCAUUUUUCAUUCGGAUGAUACUUAGCUAUGCGAUCAAUGUCCAAUUCUAUCUCACUACUGUAAAGCCUGCUUGUCUCUUGAAGAGUAAUAUUUAAAUUCUACCUUGACACUACUGCCUCCACAUAUCUCUCAUUUCUGUGGAAGACCGGGACGCUUGACGUCAGCACUUACCACACAAUAUUCCACUACAAUCUAGUGUUAAUUAAAUUGCUAUAGCCUCCUUGCAAGACCAAGGUGUGUUCAUUUUUGUCUGAUUCAUAGUUUUAGGAUUUGUUUUAUGUUAUUUAAACUCUUGUUUGACUUGUAGCCGUAUUUUCUAAGCUGCACUUUAUUGAUAAAUAUCAUCACUACGAUAUUUCAAACUGUAAUUUAAGCAUAUCUUUGAGUUAUAAAUAUAUAUUUUUAUCUUUAGGGGUGUAUAUAUAUUCUGUUUUAAUUUUAAACUGGAAAAGUAUAUUGUUUUUGUUUACAAGCCUUUUCUGUCGUUCAUUCCGAAAUGGACAAAUCUAGAAUCUGAUAGCGUUUAAGGACAAGGCAGACAUAAUCUUUAAUUGACAGAUCUAAGAUCGAUCCUUGUCUUCGGACAUUUGCGUUGUGAAGGCUGGUGUUUUUCAUUGUUUUUAUGUUCCUCUGUUGGAUUGACACGCUAAAGAGAAGAAUCUCCAUCUGAAGACCAGUGCUAGUUAUUUUUCUUGGAUCGUACAAUACUCCUUUGAGUGCAGAUGGAUUUCACACGUCAAACUCAGAGGUGCUUUUGUGGCGUUGCCUUUGCAAUUCAAGCACUGAAGUGGAAGAAUGAUUUUAAGGAGGUUUCAGGGAUAAAUAACUUGUGUUUUUAAGAAAGACUGACAGGUCUAUAGUUAUAUUUUCAUGUUCCUCGCAGAUCCUAAGGAGAGGUGCUUCCAUUUGAUUCUCCUUUUUAAGGUGGCCAUGAACUGACAUGUAUCACUACCUGAAUUUAAACAGACUUAUUCCAUCCAACAAACUGCCAACUGCAUGAAACACUCACACACCGUCCACCUGUCAGGAAACAGACCUUACCUACCCUAAACCUGAGGGUUGGAAGUCCGCUCCCCGUCAAGCCCCCCACACUAAGGAUGCGUUCCCCAGAGCCCCCCAUCCCAUCCCCAGCUGAGGCUCUACUCCACUGCCAGUUCGGGGGCUGGGGAACGGGCAGCAGCUGCAACAACAGCUGCCCCAACAGCCCUGGAGGUCCUCGGGGUCUGUCGUCACCUUCUCCCUCCCCCAGCCCCUCUCCUGCCUCCAGCUAUGCCUUGACCCUCACCCCCUCCCACAUCCACGUCCAGCGCCUGGCCCCCCGCCCUGGUAAAGAGGCACGUCUAAUACUACCCCUGUCAGAGCUGGCAGGGUGCAGCUGUCCCCGCGCCCCUGCUCCCCCCUUGCUGGUUCUCUACUGGUAUCCCCCGGGGAAGCGGAGGAAGGGGGUGUCCAGGAGGAGGCAGGUGAGGGUGUACCUGGCUGAGGCCAGGGUGGAGGCUGAGAGGUGGUCCACUGCUAUACAAUGUCUGCUCAGGGGAGUCGCCGUCACUGCUGACACGGAAAUUGUCAAACGUCUACUGCCCCGUCCCCGAAGGCUGCUGCUAUUGGUGAACCCCUUCAGUGGGAGAGGCCAGGCUAUGCAGUGGUGUCAGACGCACAUCCUGCCAAUGAUCAGAGAGGCUAACAUCAGCUACAACCUGAUACAGACAGAGCGACAGAAUCAUGCCAGAGAGUUGAUCAAAGAGAUCUCCCUGCCUCAAUGGGACGGCAUCAUCAUCGUCUCUGGAGAUGGCCUGCUGAGCACAGAAUCAUGCCAGAGAGUGAUCAAUGGUUUGAUGGAGCGUCCAGACUGGGAACUAGCAAUAAAGACACCUGUAGGUAUCCUUCCCUGUGGCUCUGGAAAUGCCCUGGCUGGCUCCAUCAACCACCAUGCGGGUUAUGACAUGUGCCUUCGGGAGCCUCUCCUCCUCAACUGCUGUUUUCAGCUCUGCCGUGGCGGAGUCAAGCCCAUGGAUUUGGUCUCUGUGACAACCAGCCCCGCCCCUUCUCAAAAUGGCCGCCCGGGUCUUCCCAGAAGGAUGUUUUCCUUCCUGUCUGUGGCCUGGGGCUUUGUGUCUGAUGUGGACAUUGAGAGUGAGAGGUACCGGGGUCUGGGGUCGGCACGGUUCACCCUGGGCACUCUGGUCCGCCUGGCCUCCCUGCGCUCCUAUAAGGGCCGUCUGUCCUACCUGCCCCCCUCCAUAGUCGCCACAUCCCCAGACGCCAUCCCUCCACCCCUGCGCAGACCCCUGUCCCGCAGCAUCACUGAGGGCCUGGAGGGCUUCUGCCACACCCCCAUCCAACGCACCAGCUCUGACAUGGGCCUCAGCGAACAGAGGAGUCUGAGGAGGGUAGACACGGAGAGGGAGAGGGAGAGAGAGAUGGAGAGGCAGAGAGAGAGGGAGAGGAGGAGGGAGAGGGCCAGGGGAGGGGGAACGGGGGUGGUCAGGGCGAGUAGCUUGGCAGAAGAUAGAGAGAGAGAGAUGGAGGAGGGUGAGGCGGGGAGGUCAGGGACAAGUUCGGAGAGAUCUGGAACGAGUUCGGAGUCGAAUGAAAGGGAUGAUUGCAGGAUGGGAAGGGAGGAUGGGAUGACGGGGAACACGGAAGAAAGGCCAGAUGAGGAAAGAGAAGACGGCACGGUGGAGCAGGACUCAGGGGUGAUAGAGGAUAUAGAGGAGAGAGUGAGGAAUGGGGAAGGCUGCAGCGGCUCAAUGGAUGGAGUGAUGGAAGCGAAGGAGGUUGGAGAGGGGUACGGGGUGGACAUGGGGCGAGAGGCCAACGAGGACCCAGAGGGGUGUUACUCGUACCCUGACAACCUCCAGCAGACCAGACUGGCUCUAAGGAAGAACUCUGCCCCUUCCAGCCAGAUAGCUAACGCCUUCUUUAGCCAGCCCCUCAGCCAGGAGGCUGACCCCGUGUCUGGAGCCUCGUACAGGGCAGAAGAGAUGGAUCUGAACGGAACAUACUUCCAGAGAGAAGCUUACCCACUGGACAUCGCCCGGGAGAGAGCCCUCACCAUAUCCUCUCCCUUCAGACACUCUCCUUUCUCCUUCAAGCCCAAAUCUUUGGACCAGAACACAUCCCGCCCCAGACCCUUAUCCCUUCUCCACCACCCCCACUCCAACUCCCUACCCCUAAACUCCCCUCCCUGUCCCUCUCCCUCUCUCCCACGCCCCCUUCCUCCCCGUCCUGUGCCUCCCCCAUUCCUCCUCCUACCUCGUUCCGCGCCCCAACACCCCCAACUCCACCUCCCCUUCCCCGUCUCUCCAGUCCCCCUCCCCACCUUUACCUUUGACAUUGCAGAGCCUGCCGGACCCUCAAGAACCGCCCCCCCGUCUCACUCCCUUUCAACCCUCAGGGAUGACCUCCUGCCCCCCUUGGACCAGGCCCUGCCGACCCAGGACUGGGUGACCAUCGAGGGAGACUUUGUGCUUGUUUUGGCCAUCUACCAGUCCCAUCUCGGGGCAGACCUCCAUGCCGCCCCCCAAGCCAGGUUUGACGAUGGGCUGAUCCACCUGACGUUUGUGCGGGCAGGGAUCUCCAGAGCCACCCUGCUCCGUCUGUUCCUAGCCAUGGAGAGGGGGGCACACCUGUCUCUCAGCUCCCCCUAUGUGAGCCACGUCCCAGCCAGGGCCUUCAGGCUGCAGCCCCUCUCCCCACGAGGAACACUCACUGUGGACGGGGAACUGGUGCCGUACGGCCCGCUGCAGGCACAGGUCCAUCCCUCUAUGUCCCGGCUCAUUGUCGGCGACUCUGGAGUGAAGAUCACCCGAUUCUGACAAGGGAUUGGCUGACCAGAUCAGCUGAUACGUCGCUCUCUCCAAUUAUAUAAUCUCUGUUGCCAUCUAUUUUCACAGAGAAAGAGGAGAAAAAAGCCUCAGACUGAAAAUAGCAAAAAUAAUUUCUAGGGUUUAAUGGAAGGGAUCACCUGCUGAGCAGAGCGGCGGUGCAGGACGCAAGCCGAGGGAUUAAUAGAGAAUUUUAAAAACGGAUGAAAACGAGCUUUGUUGCACAGCUGUUGGAUUCCACUCCGUUUAUCCUGAGAAGCCUGUACCUGCAUAGCCAUGGGAACUAAAGAGGGGGGGACACGUUGAAUGUGUAUGGGGGAGUGUGUAUUCGGUGCAUGUGUGUGGUGUAUACAUUCUAGUAUGCACAAAUGGCAUGCAGAGAUGCACAUUUCAGAUGUCUUUGUUCUCUAUCAAAGCUGUCCUAGAACAGUUCUAGAACUUUUCAGAGGGAGCCACACCCUCAUGCAAAUGUAGAUCCCCUUCCGUAUUGGAACCUCCGUCCUUCCCUGUAAUGCCUUAAAGUACAACUCCUGUGACUUUGCCCUUUCUGUCUUGUAUAAGAAGCCUAAACCUGCGACUCCACAAAUCUCCAUUCACCAGAGGCUGGUGGGAGGAGCUAUAGGAGGACGGGCUCAUUGUAAAGACUGGAAUAGAAUUAAUGGAACGGUAUCAAACCCAUACAAAACCACAUGUUUGACUCCGUUCUAUUUAUUCCAUUCCGGCCAUGAGCCUGUCCUCCUAUAGCUCCUCCCAUCAGAAGGAACCGUCCACUACAGGAAAAACAAAACAAAGCAAAGCUGAUGAGCAUACUGUGGUGUUAGGUUUGUAUUGGUGUGUAUGAAAUAUCUGUGAACAAAUGAAUUUUAUUAGCAAUCCCAUGGAGAUGAUUACUCCUAGAAUAAACCAGUAAAGUUAGAUCAACACUGAAAUAAAUAUAAAGCUCAUUGAGUCCUUUUACACGGGUAUUCCACAACAGAAGGAUAGACGGGACUGUUGAACAUUAGCCAUCAUGGUGUAUAGUGCAUUUGCCUGUUUUUCUUAGCAAAAAGGGUGCAUGAUGAUGAUGCUAGAUUAUGAAGUUGCAACACAGUGAACACGAGACUGUUGCUUGAUCAAGUUUCAUGUAUGUUGUCACAGAAUCCUCUGAAAGUCUCACAAAGACCCAGAAUGCUGGUUGUUUUCAGCAAAUAGUCACUAGUUCCACAUGUGUAAACUGCCUUUUUACUACAUACCUCUUUUGUAGUUGAUUUGAAUUGAUAUAAUUGUGAGUAGAUUCUGAAGUGUUAUGCAGCUGCAGAAAAUCAACCCUCGAUUGUAUUCUAUCUCUUAGAUAAAGAUUGCUGUUUAAAGGAACAAGAUGUACUUGUCUUGCUGGUGUUAUUUACCACAUGACAAGCAGAUCGUUUCCAUAGGAGACAGUUAUAAUCUUAAACAGACAACAUAAACUCAGUAAAUCACAGACGAGGCUGUGCCUCCCAACUCAAAUCAUAGCUUACAUUUCAGAAAUUGAUUUCUCAAUGGGAUGUAGCCUAUAAAGUUGAAGACUGAAGUUUAAAUACACUUAGGUUGGAGUCAUUAAAAUUUAGUUUUUCAACCACUCCACAAAUUUGUUAAACUAUAGUUUUUCAACAAUUGUUUACAGACAGAUUAUUUCACUUAUAAUUCACUGUAUC